AUGCCCUUUGCCCCAAAGAGAGCCUGUGCUAACGCGAGCCUGCAGCAGAGCCUAGAGAUGAGUUUAAGAGAGCAUCUGCUCGCUGCGGGUGCUGGCCAGCCACAACCCCCUCCGCAGCCUGUCGCGCCCGGUCCGCAAGCCCAUGCACCCGACGUCCACGGCCACCACCACAUCGACCCCGCCAUAGCCGGAAGCGGAUACCCCAUGAGCGCGGGCGAGGCGGGCGACGGCCACCUGAGCGAGGGUGGGCGCAAGGGCCGGCGCGAGCUCUCGACGUCGAAGCGCGCCGCUCAGAACCGCGCCGCACAGCGCGCAUUCCGUCAGCGUAAGGAGGAGUACAUCAAGUCGCUCAAGGAUCAGGUCAAGGAUUAUGAGCAGAUGGCGACUAGCUACAAGGCCAUCCAGGCCGAAAACUACGCGCUGCGCGACUACAUUAUCAACCUCCAGUCGCGUCUGGUCGAGGCGCAGGGCACAUUCCCCGACCCGCCGGCCGACAUCAACUUGUCGCGUGAGGAAGGCGCCGAUCACCACCACCAUCAGCCCCAGAACAACCAGGCCCACCAGGCCCAGAACCACCUCGGUCAGUCGCAGCACGACUCCAUGUCGGCACCGACGGCCCCUAUGACGUCUUCUGCGGCGGCGCAACUCCAGGCAGCCGCGUCUCAAGCUGCAGCUGCCCAGGCCGCUGCGGCGCAUGCCUCGACGGAGCUCAACAACGGCCAGAAGCACGGCCACCAGCACGAGGAUCCACAGUACAUGACGGGCGGUGAAUACCCGCCGGCCAAGAGGCCAAGGAGCGAAGAGAACGGGGGCGGUGGUGCAGGAAUGACUUCAGUUAACGCUGGAGGUAAUGCCGAGCUUCAUUCUCCUUACUCUGCGCCCCAUCACCCCACCUCUGCCCACCAACACCCCCACCACCCGCACCCACACCACCAGCACCAACACUCGUUCUCCGGUGCAGGCACCGCCCACACGCCGUCUCCGUCGGCGCACUCGGCGCCCAGCACCCUGCACCACUCCCCUGCCUCGUCGUCCGCCCUCCCGCCGCGCGCCGACUCGUCGUCGUCGGCGGGCUUCCCCGCCUACGCGCCCGUGUCUUACAAUCAUCUGGUACAGCACCCCCAUCAGCAGCAGCCCAGCAACAGCAGCACGCCGCAGCCGGCUCCGGGCCAGGCGCCGCACCAGCAGGGGCCCCAUCCGCAGCAUCAGCAGCCGCAGCCGCAGCCGCAAGCGUCGUCGGACGGCAUGAAGGUUGAGGGGGACGAGGCCAUGGCGGCGGUUUUGAGGGCCGAGUCGGCGCGACAGGAGGCGUUGCAGCAGCGGGAACGGGAGCAGCAGCAGCAGCAGCAGCAGCACGAGGGGGCGAGUCAGGAGAAGGCGUGA